UUAUGGGCCUGAGAAGUUAAGGGGUCAUUCGAUUUCCGGAUCUGUUGUUUCUGGACGUGUGAUGUGUCGCAGUUAGCAGCUUGCAGUGUGGUCGAAGGUGAAAAGCUCUGCGUAGGUCGUUUUAAAAUUCGCUAAAUUUGGAUCAAGUUCGUGUUUAAGAUGGAUCCGAUUCAACCCAAAGAAAAUGUUGAUGAUGAUUUGCAACAAAAUGAUAGUUGUGUUACGGUUGACGAAUUUCAUGUAUUGAUGAAAGAGGCUCAAGUCAAACUCAAAGAAAAACUAGAAAAAAAGAAAAUUUAUGAGCUGAUUGGUGUAUUGGAUGGUAAACUAAUGGAUGUUGACAACAAAGUUAAUAAGAGAAUUGACACUCUGGAAGUAAAAAGCAAUCGAAGAAUGGAUAUCCUGCAAGAAAGAAUGGAUUUCAUAGAAGAAAAAGUCAAUGAGAUAGAUAACACAUGUUUAGCCAUUCGAGAAAAAAUUUUAGGAAGUAUGCCACCAAAAUCAGUGGAUAAAGUAAAGCACGAUGGUUAUGCACGAGACAGGAAGUCGGAAAGUCGCAUAAACGAAUCAAAGAGUCAUAGUUCCCGCCGUCGAGACAAGUCAGUCAAAGCUCCAGAGAGAGAAAGGGAGAGAGAAAAGCAGAGAGAAGAGCAGAAAGAAAAAGAAAGGGAGAGAGAUCAACAUAAACGAGAUCAUCUUAAAGGAAUUUCACGUGAAAGCCACAAGUCCUAUGAAAGAAAAUCGGACAAGCGGAGGAAGCAUGAUUCAUCUAUAUCUCUAGACACAACCAGUAGCAGAAAAAAGCAAACUGAACCCGUUCGAGACAACGGCAGUCGCCGUGAACCCCGCGUUAUUACCGGACAGGCAGGUUUACUUCCUUUAACAGAAAUCCAGCUCCAGGCAUUAGCAAAGCCAGAUAAUUGUGUUAAAUUUAUUGGAAAGUUGGCUCUUGCCUCCUAUCCUGAGGGUUACUUUUUGAAAAAGACAAAUUCCUUUGCUGUUGCCGUAACUUCACAUCAGAUUGAUGCCCUCUACAGUAUUGUUUCUAGCAAAUACAAAGAAAUAAAAAGAUGUGGUCGUCCUCGUCCCUCUCAAAAUCUUACAAAGGAAGUAAUGACUGAUGUUAUUCGUAAUAGGGUCAAUUUUUUCAGAAGUAUGAAUCGUCAUCUGAUGUAUUGACCCCUCAAAUUUUUUUAUUACUUGAAUCUUUUAUUGUUAAUAUGUUCGGUAAUAAUUAAGUUUGUUUCAUCUGUUCAUCUGUGCGAACAAAAAGGAGUUUGAAUUCAGAAAGGAAGAGGUAUCCUUAAUACAUCAAACAUUUUUAA